UAUGGAACGACCCUCAGGUCCGACGAGCGCUCCGAGCGCGCGCUUCGAGUCACCGAACACUGCAUCGCGCUCAACGGCGCGGACUACACCGCGUGGCACCGCCGCUGGGUCUUGAUCUCCGACCCUCAGAACCUGGCGAAAAACCCACACGCGCUGCGAGACGAGCUCGCGUUCGCGGAGAAGAAGGCGCUGCGCACGCCGAAGAAUUACCAAGUCUGGAAUCACGUGAGGCUCUGCGUCGGCGCCGUCGGGACGGCGGAGGCGGCGCGUCGAAACCUGAAAGUCGUCGAAGAAGCCCUCGACGCCGACGCGAAAAACUACCACGCGUGGAGCCACCGCGGCUGGGUCGUCGCUCGGUUCGGGCUGUGGGAGGAAGAGAAGGCGUACGCGUCGCGGAUGAUCGACGCGGACGUCCGAAACAACAGCGCGUGGUCGGCGCGAUGGCACUGCGUC